UGUUUAUCUGUUUAUUAGAUAUUUCACGUGAAAAUACGUUUUUAUACAAUAUGAUAAAAUAAUUUGGCUGUAAAUAAACGACUUAAACAGUUUUUUGUCAACGCGGAAUUUUAUUUAGAAAAGCGCUAUGCGGAAGUAACCGCGUGUUUGUGUUCCGGUUGCGAUUCCGUAGCUCAUCACAUGGCACUUUUAAUUUAAAGUUUUCUGCCACCGCUUACGAAAAUGAGCGGUGGUUCUAAUCAGAGGACAUUGUUCCAGACCUGGGGUGCCAACGUCCCCCAGAACAAGGACAUUCAACCGGCGAAAGCGGGUAAGAAGUCCGCUGUAGCGCGCAGGGCAACCUCCAGCAACACUACCUCAGCUGCCACACAUCCUCCUCGAAGUUCUCCAUGGGCAGUCAUCGGUCAAGAGUCCACACAUGCACCAGAGGGCACAGAUGACAUCAUACCUUUAGAUGAAGAAGAUGAUGAUGACCUGAUGGUGGUAGCUGUCUAUGAAGCUGAAAAGAGCUUGCAGCUUCAAAAUGCUAGCAGUUUCCAAGAUGACACUCCUGCAGCUCUGUCUCCUACCCCAUCAUGUGGGCGAAUAUAUCCAGCCUUUCCAGGUUUUGACAGCUCCUCCGCUAAGGUGUGGAUCUAUCCCACCAACUACCCCAUCAGGGAGUAUCAGCUGAAGAUAUCAGAGGCUGCCCUGUUCCAGAACACACUUGUGUGUCUUCCUACCGGUCUGGGGAAAACCUUCAUAGCCUCUGUGGUCAUGUACAACUUUUACCGCUGGUAUCCGUCUGGCAAGAUUGUGUUCAUGGCUCCCACCAAACCUCUAGUGGCCCAGCAGAUUGAGGCCUGCUACAAAGUGAUGGGAAUCCCUCAGGCACACAUGGCUGAGCUGACGGGCAGCACAGCAGCAAAGCAGAGGCAAGAUGUAUGGAGGUCCAAGCGGGUCUUCUUCCUCACCCCUCAGGUCAUGGUGAACGAUCUCUCUAGAAACACCUGUCCAGCAAUGCAGGUCAAAUGUGUGGUGAUUGAUGAAGCUCACAAGGCUUUGGGCAACCACGCCUACUGUCAGGUGAUCAGACUUCUCAGUAGCCAGAUUCUGCAGUUCCGGGUCCUUGCUCUUAGUGCCAGUCCAGGGGGGGAUACAAAGUCGGUACAGUCCGUGAUCUCCAAUUUGCUCAUCUCCCAUAUUGAGCUGCGUUCUGAGGAGAGCCCAGACAUCCAGGCUCAUUCGCACCAGCGCAGCGUUGAGAAAAUAGUGGUUCCUCUGGGUGAGACCCUAUCAGCCCACCAGGCAUGCUAUCUGCAGGUGCUGGAGAAGUUCAUGUCUCGUCUUGUUCAGAACCGCGUGAUGGCCCACAAAGAACUGCGGACUCUCAGCAAAUACCAGCUCAUUCUGGCUCGAGAUCAGUUCCGCAAGAACCCGCCACCACACAUCAAGGUUCAUCAGCUGGGAAUGCUGGAGGGUGACUUUGCCCUUUGCAUCAGCCUGUAUCACGGCUAUGAGCUGCUGAUGCAGAUGGGCCUCAGGUCGCUUUUCUUUUACGUCCAAGGAAUCAUGGACGGGUCCAGAGAGAUGUCACGGGCCAAGAAUGAGCUCCAGAGAACUCCCAUGUUCAUGGACCUGUAUCAUGAGAUGGAGACAGUGUUUCUGAAGCCACCUGCUGGUCCAGAAGAACUGUUCGUCUACAGUCAUCCCAAACUGGAGAAGCUGGAGGAGGUGGUUUUGCAGCACUUUAGAGGCUGUGCUGAGAGCUCAGCAGACACUAAUGGUUCUGAGGGAGCGAGCACACGUGUGAUGAUCUUUUCAUCUUUUCGGGAGAGCGUCCAGGAGAUCGCAGCGAUGCUGAACCGCCACGCUCCGCUGAUCAGGGUCAUGACAUUCAUGGGCCAAGCCUCGGCUGGAAAAGGGGUGAAAGGCUUUACCCAGAAGGAGCAGCUGGAGGUGGUGCAGCGGUUCCGACAGGGAGGAUUUAACACGCUGGUGUCGACCUGCGUGGGGGAAGAGGGGCUGGAUAUUGGAGAGGUGGACCUCAUUGUCUGCUUUGAUGCACAGAAGAACCCUAUCCGCCUUGUGCAGCGAAUGGGACGGACUGGACGGAAGCGGCGCGGGCGCAUCGUGGUCAUCCUCGCAGAGGGGCGGGAGGAGAGGACGUACAACCAGAGCCAGAGCAACAAGCGCAGUGUGUACAAGUCCAUCACCAGCAAUAAAAAUGGCUUCCAUAUGUACCCAAAUAGUCCCCGGAUGCUGCCUGAGGGGGUCAACCCCAGACUCCACAAGAUGCACAUCACCUGUGGACAGUUUGACCACCGAGAAAGCAGCAGGAGGUCAGCCAGGGGUCGGCGGUCCAACUCAGAGGGACGGGCGUCCCUCAUUCAUCCGCAAAACCUGUUCCAACAAGGCAAUCAGUCAUCAGACGGCUUUCUGAGCAGCUCAGAAUAUUCUCUGUGGGCGUCCACCAUGAAGCUGGAGGACCAUGAAGCUCAUCCAACCCUGAAACCAUCCCACUUCCUGUCGAUACCCAGUGACCCGGAACCUCAGGAGGACACGUCCCUGGACAGACCACCGUCCAGAGAGCUGUCUUUGUGGGAAUGGAGACACUGGCAACACAAAGCACUUCCUUUCCACGCUGUCGACCAUUCCCUCCGCUGUUACCACUUUGUUAAGGUGAUGGAGCUCAUAGAUGGCAUGAGAGAGGAAAAUGAGGGUGAAUGUCACUACGAACAGGCUCUUCUUCCUUACCUUCAUCCAGAGGACAGUAAUAAAAGUGAACUGAAGAAACAGAAGCCCAAAAAGAUCUGCAGUAAAACAGCCAACAGAAAACCCACACCGUCCCACUCAUCUUGGUCUAAACUGGAAUAUAUAGAUGAGGAAAUGGAAAGUGAGGGCACAAGUACAGCAUGCUUAUUUUCCAAGACAAAACAAAGACCUCUUGUUCCACAAGAGGUACCUUGUGAUGAUGCCACAGACGACCCCAAACACGAGGAUCAUCCGUCAAACAGCGAUGACAAUGACUGUUCCAUCAUUAGUGUCACAAAAGCAGAGCCAACCCCUGGAGAUCCGCUAAUUCAAGACAAGUCGCCUCUAAUUGAUGAACAUGAUGAAGACGUUGAACUUGAGGCGAUGUUCUACCUUCCCACGUGGAAUUCAAAACCAGUGUCCCAUUCUAACAAACCGCGAGAAGACACGACUCUGAGGGCCGUCCUCUCCAACGUGGCUGAACUUCUCUCCCGGUCUCCACCGCCACUAACGGACAUUUUCAAAGCAGAAGAUGCCACCCCACAUGUUCCACCUCCUCCUCGGCCCCCUGAUCAGCCAUUUUCUAUCAGAUUUAGUCUGGAUGUGGACGAUGAUGACGAGAUGGAUGGUGGCUGUGAAUCUAAUAAACCUGCAGUGUGCAGAGAGGGCGAUAAUGAUGAGCGGCCUUUCAGCGCAGCCGCCAACAGUCCUACCUGGGAGGAACUUUUUGAGGAUAACGACGCCGAUGAUGUCAGAGAUGUUGACAGUGACUUCAAGGAGGAAACUUUUGUUUUAAAGGCAGCUGGCAAAAUUAAGGAAGUAAAAAGUGAAGUUGUCACGAUCAAAGAGAGGGAGGAGUCAAUGACGGACGCGACAGAUGAAGACAAGAAGGACGAUGGAGGCGUUUUCAGCCACCAGAUGGAUGACAGCUUAGAUCUGUUUGAGGAUGAUGAAGCCUUCCUGCAGAUGACAAUUCCAGAAAUUCCCACUCCAGAGGAUGAUGUCAAACUCAGGACACCCCUGAGUCCUAAAGCCGUUUUAAACAGCACUGAAAAUACAAAGAAUCAAACGAACGCAUCCAGCACCACGCAAUCACCUGAGCGCACGGGGCACAGAACAUCAGAUGUCACAGACAAUCCCCAAAAUGUAAAUUCUUCAUCAACAGACUGCUCCCAUCUCUUCUCCGUUAACUUUGACCUUGGUUAUUUCCUGGAGGACUCUGAGGAUGAGACGGAGGCGGAUGUUUUACCACCCUCUUCGUCUCCUACUAAGCGGUCCAUAUUCUUGCCGCCUCUUUCGAAGUCAUCCACUCCUUGUAAUAACUUCGCCAGACUGUUUAGUGAAUCCAAGGUUUCCUCUCCACAAAUACCACAACAUAGAACGUCUAGAGGUGGAGAACUCUCGUCUCCAAUCACAUCACCGGGGGUGAGGCGGACGCUCGUGUCGAGUCUCGCCAGGCCGACGUCCUGUGGAGUGGAGAGUGUCUCACGACAAGAGUCUGUUAGAAUCCAUUCUCCUCCUCAUCUAGAUGAGUGCUACAGCGACAGCGAAGAGGAAGUUGUGUUGCGCAAAAGAAGGCCACAGAUUAAGAUCAACCCCUUGUCAUCCCCAGAAUUGUCCAAGAGCACAAGUGAUGUGGACUCUCCAGUGGUGGUGAAGAGGAAACGUGUUUUUGCACUCAACGUGACUGACGAAACUCAGGGUGAAGCGGUUUCUGACGAUGAUUUCCAGAAUGAAUCCACGUUACCACGCAGAACAACGGCACCGGGGGCUAAAAGGAAACAAAUCCAACAAGUCCGAGAUGAGAACAAACGUCAGAAAGCGCGUCAGUUUCUGGAUGAAGAGGCAGAGCUGUCCGAGGAAGAGGGUGGGGCAAACGUUUCCUCUGAUGAAGAGGACGAUGAAGACCAAAAUCGGUUUCUUGAUGGCUUCGUGGUGGACAACACACACCUCUCCCAGGGCCUGAACGACUCGGAGAUGCAGGGAGUUUAUCUGAAGUCGGUGAGAAGCCCUGCAGCUCAGGGCAAAUUCAAAAUGUCCUACAGAAACCACCACAACAUGGACAUUUUUUCUCAGGUUCCUGAGCAGGAUGAGACGUAUGCAGAGGACAGCUUUGUAGUUGGAAGCGAUGAAGAGGAGCUGGAGAGCAACGAGGAAGAGGUUGAAGAUGUUGAGCUUAUGCCCGAGGACUCGUGUGUGGAUGGGAGGAGGCAGUACGCAACCAGAAGACGUGUUUUUCUGCACAGAACAAGGGCAGACAGCAAGACCAGAAGUGAACCUCCACCCGAGCAGAGAGCUGGUGUGAAAACCAAACGCACCCGAGUCAUACGCAUUAAUGAUUCUAGUGAAGAGGAGGAGGAAGGGAGGAAGAUGAUGGAUCUGAGUACAGCAGGGAGUGUUGUCCACUUGCAGCAAAACCAGACACAAGCUGCGUCCUCUUCAUCUUCAUCAUCCAGAGCGUCGUCGUUGAGUAAAGUACCGAUUCGCUCAUCGAGUGAAGAACAGAAAAUGUUCCAGAAGUUGGAAAGUCAACAUCUUCUCUCUGACGAGCUUGACUUUGAGGAGUCUGUGUCGAAAAAAGAACCGCAGAAAUCCUCUGCGCAAAGUCAGUCAGCGGAAAAGGGGUCGCCUUCAACGUCUGGCUCUGUGUGCAUUCUGGUGGACAGCCGCUGCAUCAGCAGCGGAGUAGAGCUGAUGAGUCUCCUACGCCAGCGGCAUGCCGCAACCGUCCACAUCUGCUCGCUGGACGGCAGCUACUUCAUCGUCAGCAACCGCAUGGCGGUGGAGAGGCACAGCCAGUCAGACGUGGCUGCAAUGCAGAACCGGAAGAGACUGGUGGAAAGAGUCACCGGCCUGCAGGUGCUGUUUGAUCGUGUGUGCCUGAUUGUGGAGAAAGAUCGAACCAAGACGGGUGAGACGUCCCGGCCGUUCCAGCGCACGCGUUACUAUGACAACAUGGUGGCAGCACUGGUGUCUGCAGGGGUGCGACUGCUCUGGAGCGAUGGCGCUGAGGACACGGCCGUCCUGCUGAUGGAUUUAGCCAGACUGGAGCACCGUAAAGGUCAAGGCAUCACUGUACCGCUGGAGGUCAAAGGGCAGCACAGGCAGCAGGUCCUGCAGAUGUAUUUGAGCAUCCCUUCAGUCAACUACGCCCACGCUCUCAACUUGAGCCACAACUUUCAUUCGAUCGCCCAGCUAAUAGACAGCCCAGUUGAAGCCAUACAGAAAGGAGGCAACAUGAGUCGAUCCAGAGCCGAGGAGAUCUAUCGCUUCCUGCGCUACUCCUGCGACUCGUUCCUUGUGAACACACCGAAAACGGGAAACAACACCUGAUGAGUCAAUCUGGUUUAUUUUUCAUAACUUAUCUGUUUUCAGCCUUUGGAGGAACAAGACGUUUGUUACUAUGUAACUGUAUUGCCUCAAUAAGAGCGUUGAUUUUGUCUUUGCACAUUAAAAAAACACAUAUUUUAAUAAUAUAGUAGAAGCAAUGUUUGAGUUUUCUAUAAUUCACCCUGAUGGUGAGCCUAUCAACACUAAGAUCAGGAGCUCAAUCAAGUAUCAACACUUGGAUAUUUAAUUUGUAAAAUAAUGUACAGAUUUGUUUUCAGUGCAUAACAGAAAUAUUUUUAAGAUUUCUUUAAUAAAUACCCAGAUUUUUUACA